GCCGCCUUUACUGAGAUCUCUUUGAGCUUUUUCGAACCAGAGUCCCUACUAUAGUCCGUGGAAGCGGGGGAGGACGAUGCUAAUUCCCAACGAGCUGGGGGAUUCAAUCUGCUGCCCAGUCACCACUUUGGGAAAAGAGGCUUAUCUUUGAAAGAGCAGCUCGAGCUCUCUGUGUCAGUUGUUAAAGCCGUUCGUUUCUGAUGCAUCGGGAAAGCGUGGUGCUGGGAUGGAACCCUAAAUAGGUUAUUAUAUAUUUUUCAAAGUGCAUUUUGCGGUUAAAUUUGUAAGUGCAUUUCAUAACAAUAUAUUAUUUUCGCGGAUAUUUUCUUUCUUUUGAUCUUCUCAACAAAUCGAUGUGAUGGAGCUGUUAGCGUUAAACAUGAACUUGUUUUAUUUCAUGUUGGUACAGAUAUCUACGUAUGUAGACAAUAUUCAUGAACGAGCACAUUGAAUAAUUUUAAGAUAAAGUGCAAGCUUCUUUUUUAUCGCCUGUGGUGCUAGCAGUGUCUUCUGCAUGGUUGCCAUAGCCAACAUCGCAUUGCCAUUUUCAUUUGAUCAGUGUAACUUUUUGAUCUGAUCGGAUGACAAGGUGACAGUAACAUACUUUCAAUGUCAUGUAUUCAUAUUUGAAUUCAAGUAAACAAUUAAGACUCGGCUAUUUAGCCUGAAUAUCCAACGUAUAUCGCGUUCCCGUUAUACCGACCCUAGUAGAGAAGGCGCAGACCGCGUGAGGCAUGGCCAAAAACCCAUCCGAGGGAUCCAAGGACCCAGACCUAAAGCAGCUAUCGGAAGAAGAGCUACUUCGAUGCGGCAAGGAGGAGCUGAUCAAGCGCCUAAGGAGGGUGGACAACGAAAAGAUGAACUUGAUGAUCGAUCACGGUAACAUGAUGAAAGAUGUUAACCGGAGGCUGCAGGUGCACCUGCACGAGAUACGCAACCUGAAGGAGGUCAACCAGAAGCUCCAGGACGACAACAACGAGCUGCGCGAGCUCUGCUGUUUCCUGGACGACGACCGCCAGAAAGGCAAGAAGCUGUCCCGGGAGUGGCAGCGGUUUGGCAGGUUCUCAGCGAGCACCUUGUGGAAAGAGGUGGGCAACUACCAGCUAAAGCUGAAGGAACUUGAGGCCAACCAGGAGUUGGUAGUGCGCGAGAAUACGGACCUGAAGGAGAUUAUCCUAAUGCUGGACGAGGAGAGGAACGGAGCCGGUUCCCGCAGCUCCAUAGAUUCCCAGUCCAGCCUCACCAAUCUUAACAGCGGCACCGGAACGGUUCGAGACGUCGGGGAUGGUAGCAGUACCUCCAGCACCGGGAGUGCAGGCAGCCCUGACCAUCACAACAACCACAACCAAAUACAGAAGUUGUCGGCAGAGAGGGAGGGCAAGCUGGGCAACACCAUCCAGCGGAGGUCCAUGGACGACUUGUCAGCUCCUCACCAUCACAGGAGCAUCCCCAAUGGACUUAAUGACUCUUCCACUAACUACAUCAGACAGUUGGAGACGAAGAUGAGGAUAUUGGAAGAUGACAACAACAAGCUUUUAACGCAGCAGCACUGUAACCCAGGAGAUCUGCGUGUCCUGAGGAAGGGCAUGACCCUCUACCACUCUGAGUCACAGCUGUCAUCCCUGCCCCGGCGCCAGGACGCAGCGCUCAACGGCAUGACUGGUCGACUCCCCACAAGUGAGUCGUCCCCGGUAACUGGCUAUCUUUCCUUUGUCCAGAAACCGGAGGCUGUGGUCCACGCCAUGAAGGUGCUGGAGGUCCACGACAACCUGGAGAAGAAACGGGUCCCAGACGACUACGAGGAGGACCUCAGUGAGAAGGAGAAGGCCAUCGUCAGAGAGAUGUGUAACGUGGUGUGGAGAAAGCUUGGCGAUGCUGCAGGAUCUAAGCCGUCCAUCAGACAGCAUCUCUCUGGCAACCAGUUCAAAGGCCCUCUGUAGCCUACGGCAACCAGAGAUGGAGAGAAAGAACAAAUAACUAUCUACACUCACCUGGCACCACCUUUACUGCUACUGCCUACACUACCCAUAACACCCUGUUCUGACUGCCUACAAUUCCUGUUACCCCAUUCUCCUGGGAUAUGUGACUGGACAAUAUACCUCCCAGGAAAACCCAGAACAGACCUCUCCAUCCCUCCUCAUCUAACAGCCAACUCCCCUUACAUUUUGAACUUCCAGUGUUGAUAACUGGCACCUGGUUUCACUGAUUUGCCACUUUCCACGUAUUCCUGGUUUUGGGUUUAAAAUGUGUACAUGUAGAUUAUUACAGAGCACACAGAGCUUUUUUUUUUUUUUUGCAGAAAGAGUAAAGGUCACUUUAAACCAGUAGGACUGCAACAGAGUGAUUACUACAGUACAGCAAUGCUGGAAUUUAACAAAUCUUCCAAACAUAGCUUUGACGUUAAAGUAACGGUGUGAUUACGUCAGAUAUGGUUGGAUAGUUGGUGGUUAGAAGUGGUUUGUAUGCAGAGAUCUAGGAUCACCUUGAUCCUCCUUCAGUCCUGAUCUUGCAUAUUUAGAGGUAACGUACAGUACGAAACAGAUCUUAGAACAGUCUCUAGGAACAAUCUGACCCUAUUCCUAAUAGUGCUUCCUAUAAAGACCCAGCUAGCUCCUCUGUUAGUUAUGCUUAGCCUACCUAACCUGGUUGAUUAGCAUAAUUAGCGAUAGCUAAUGCUAGCUUUAGCAUAAUUAGCGUUAGCAUCCAAAAGUGUUAAAUAUGUGAUAUCCACUGUGACACUACGACUUAGGGCCCUAUGCUGAUAAAAAGAGGAGUCUAUUGUUAAUAAAGUUCAAUUAUAGAGAUCACUUACAAAAUGUGUGUAAAAUAUGUAUAAAUCCAUAGCACUACUUUGAUGUUAUUAUUGUCUAUUCAGAUUUUUUUUUUACUAUUUCAUUCUAGUGUGGCCACGUAUUUUGUGGGUUUUAUGUUUUACAAAAGCACACAAGCUAAUCUUAAACAGGGUUCUUUCUAUGACAUCCAUUUAUCUUUUUACUGUACUUUGAAAACAAAUUAAUUUAUCUGUUACAAACGUAUCAAGGCCAUUUAAAUCAAAAUGUUAAAGCCAAGACAAGGGAUUUAUUCCCUUUAAUAAAAUAGUAAAAAAAUAAUAAUAAUGUACAUUGUUGUGCAUGCUCUACGACAAUCAUGUUUCUCAGGUUGGGAAAUAACAAGAGCUUUACCCAGACUCAUCUUUGAAGACUGGAUAUUUGGGUUUUUGUUUUACUUUGGUCAGACUGCCUAUGAAUAUUGUAGUUUUCUGAAGACUGUUAAAACCUGGUUACUACCGAUGCCAUAUCUUAAUUGAUCAGCCUGUUGGAGGAAUUUCAAUGUUUUUAAAGCUUUUCAAGUUGGUAAUUUCCACCUAACAAUUGCAGAUUCGAUUUCUCCUAACAGAUUAAUCAUCCACAUUUUUAUUUUUUUUAGAUUUUCAUACACAUUUCCUGCAGCUUCACGUUCUUUUCCUGUUGUGAGAAACUGGCUCAAGUAAAGACUGCUUAAACAAUUUGCUGCAUUCAUUUAAUACGAAAUACUGUAAUAUGUUUCAGAAAUGAGAACUUGAAGGCUUUUAUGCCCAAUGUCAUGAGGGAACGAUCAAACCAAUUUGGCUGUGGAUUGUUGUCAGCAGCUAUUGUACUAAUCAAGCGUUUUCUUUAUUGGAAGCUAAGAAUGCUAUCCAAAAUAUGGUGUGUUUACAUUUAAUUUGGCCUAAUAUGAAUAUAAUUUGUAGUCACGGUGACUCUAGCGAAUGGGUUUCAGCAGAGCACUGGGCAUGUUUCGUAAAUUGUUUCCUCUUGGAAUGUGAGAGCGGCAAGUCUUCCUGUAGGUGCUCGACAAAGCUACGUUUUUACUAGUUAUCCGUUGAUGUCAGGUUAAAUAAAUUCUGGUAUGACAAAACUGUUUGAGGCUAUCAAUUGCCAGGCAUUUUAAGACAGACAUGGGAGACUUAUCCAAUUAUAGGACUGUCAUGUGAUCAACAUGUUUAUGAUUUAUGAGUCUUUUGAUUGGGUAUUUGGCUAAUAAGUGAUGCAAUAAUUUCCUGUUUGUAUGUGCAGCUUACUUCUCUUCAUGAGGUUUUGAUUGGGAACAUGUGUUUUGAAAUUCUUUUGAUGCAUUUCUAACUCGGUAUAUUUGCUAAACUAGAAGAAACGUUAGAAACUAGUCUGCAUCUGAAUAGCACUAUUUUUCCUAUUGCGCUCAUUUUCAACAAAGCCCUUGUCUGAAGUGAUGCACUUUGUAAGGAAUCGGGUACCAUUUGGGAGAUGAGCCAGCAGUGUUAAUGCUAACUAUUCCUUCAGCAAUUAGCAUAAUUGUAAAUGAAAGAUUAAUGAAUUAUACUGAGAUCAGACAUGUGUAGUCAAAAUGUUUAAAAAAUUGACAUGGACUUGGUCACUUUUAGAUGAUUUUGUUUUUAAAUAAACACGUGAUUACUUUUUGUA